AUGUCGACCGCCGAGGAACAGAAGACUAUCGCAAAGGCCAUGUGUGACAUGUUCCGCWAAAGCAAAUUUAACCCAGCACUCGCUCAACAGAAAUUGACUGGACAAGACCGUCCAGCCCCCAAGGGCUUCUGUUUAAGCAAGAGCAGACUACCACCACCAUCAUUUCUGGACACGGACGCUCGCUCGCACCUCCUGGAAGCGGUAGCAAACUUGGAAACUGGCCAGGAGUCAUUUACUUUACCGAAAUACGGUGAUAUCCAAGGUGAAUGGAUCGGUGUUGCCGAGAACGUCGAUGCAGGUCUUUCGGAGAAAGAUAAAUAUGACCUUCUCACCGAGAGACGGAAAUCAGAUGUGACCAUCAUGUAUGCCCACGGCGGAGCAUAUACCUUUGGAAGCCCAGUCAGCGCACGUCCAAGCACAAUGCCCUUAUGCUCUUUCACGGGUGGUUUAUGCUUCGCCGUCAAGUAUCGCUUGGCACCACAAUUCCAGGCCUUGUCGUUACAAUUGGACGUUUUCAUCGCCUAUCUUUCUCUACUGUAUCCUCCGCCCGGCGCUUUCCAUGCACCUGUGCCACCGGAGAAACUGGUUCUGGCUGGCGAUAGCUCUGGCGCCGUGCUGGUUUUUGCUGUCUUGCAGAUCAUACUGCAGUUGCGAAGACAGCAGCAAACAACGAAGCCAGUAGUACGAUGGUAUGGGAGAAACGUCGAGGUGCCUGUACCAGCUUGUAUUACGGGUCUUGGUGCCGCAUCAGACCAUUUGCUGUGUUUGCCUUCUUACCAGAAGAACGAGCAGCACGACAUGAUGAAUGACGUACCGCCCUACCGAUGCUCCAUAGGCAAGACCGAUUCUAUAUGRCCCGCAGACCCGCCCCGAGGGGACAUUUCAUGCGAGCUAUCAGCCAUGAUCUCCAUCAUGUACAAUCCGGGUCUGGCUCCAUCAUGGGAAGGUAGUCCUCCGAUGUGGUUUGCCGUCGGCGAGGAAAGGUUUGCGGACGGGACAAAGUUGCUCGCUCAGCGGGCUGUGAAAGAUGGAGUCAGCGUCCGGUUUGAGGAGUAUGCAAUCAUGCCACACAUCUUCCCACAUAUGCUGCCGAAGUUGCCGCAGGCGAAGAGAUGCAUGAAGGGCURGGCCGAAUUCAUUACGCAGUGCUGUUCGGGGACGGGCGAGACAAAAGGUUCUAGUGCCAUUCGUGUCGAAGCAGGACGCCUUGAGGAGAGGGAGCUCGAUAUCACCAAGCUCGUCGACUUUACCAUCGACGAGGCCCGCGUCUUGAUGAAAAAUAAGCUUCGCACACUUCGGGUGUGGGAAGGUCCAUGGGAAGAACCACAGCAGGGCGGUAAACUCUAG